CAUUCUUGUGAUAGGCUGCACCUGUUCGAGUGGGCGUGGUCACAACAGUGUCACGGGAGGACGUGCAGAAACAGACAGGCUUGAGUUAGUGGUAUGCAGUAUUACCUGCUCAGGUGAAUCAGAGUCACAUCAGAAACUGAGAAACCGAGAAAGGUGCUCCACGCAAAGGCGAGGGUUGCUUUUAAAGGACGUCGUGUUUUGGACGUUUUGUGGAAUACAGUAUACAAUCAGUAGAGUCUUUGGGGUUAUCUGGAACUGCGUCCAGCAGAACAAGAAUGGAAAUAAGACUCCUAUUUCCCUUUGUUUGCUCUCAAGAGUGGAACCAAUAUUCUUGGUAAUGGGAACUCUUUGAAAGGAGAGUGUGUCAGUGAAGCUCUCCUCCAAUCCGCACAGGCCGCUGGUUCGGAGCCGCCCCCUUCCCUCCUUCAUUUCCUCUCUGUGAGAUGCCGAAGAGUGACACGUGGCCCGGCGUGGAUGCCAUGGAGUCCAUCACGAGCGUGGGCAGCGCAGGGAGCCGUGACAGCGUGGUCAGCCUCAACUCCAGCCACUCCACCUUGAGUGAUGACAGUCUGGAGUACCUCUCUGCCGAGGAGCGAGCCUGUCUCAUGUUCCUGGAAGAAACUAUAGACUCGUUGGACACGGAGGCAAAUGACAGUGGGCUGUCCUACUAUGAGACGACCAGAGCUGACAAACUGUCCACCAGCAACCUGGCGUCCAAGCAAGAGUACCUGUCCUCCUCUAUAGGGAGCUGUAGACUGGAGGAUGAAUAUAAGUCAGCCAUCGACAGACCAGCAUCCCAGAGAAGCAAGGGCAGCCACCCCGUGUCACACUUCCUGGUGCCUACUCCUCUGCUGCCUGCAAACAGCGGCUCCAACACUUUACCCAAGGCUGGGCUGAAACAAGCGCCAGAGAGCAUUAAGCUGUCUCCCCUCUCCCAGAGCUGCAUGUCCGACCCCAGUGGGAUUGCUUCAGGAAUUCAUCCGGAGAAGCUGGGAGAGCAGACGAGCCUGCAAGCGGAGAAGCCAAAGAGCACGCCUUCGGAUCCCAAGCCUUCCCGUGGUCACGUCAGGAACCCCUCCAAGACCAACUUGGGUAUGAUUCCACCACCAGAAGGUUUUCGAGAUGGUCUGGAGAAAGCCAGAGCUGAGCACCGAGGAUCUGAGAGGUCAUCUCCUUUGGGAGGCCAGCAUGAGAGGAACAAGAUAACUUCAGAAUCUUCUACCAGACCAGAGCGCUCACUGACUGGACCAGGGGCACGGCCUGCCAGUCGGCCACAUCCUGCAACAUCUAGAUCUCUUCGCUCAGACUCUUCUCUGUCAACAACAGUACCAUCUGACGCAAAGCAUGGCCCGCCGACUGCUCCUAAACCCAUGAAACUGCCUUCCAACAUCGUAAUGAAGUCCUUAAAAGGAGGAGGAACUCCUUUUCCCAGUCAGGAUUCCCAUGGAACCGUGGAGCACGGCAGCCCAAACCUCACAGCUUUCUCUACAGAGAAGAUUGUUCACAAUCAUUCGCACAUCAGUGACCCCCAGAGAUCCAGAAGGGAGGCCCUUAUGAAACUUGGCUUACUUAAAGGUGAGCCUGAACAGGACUGGCACAGCAGUCCUUUCCACUUGCCAGACCACCCCAGGUCCAUGGAGCUUCCAGGAGAUGACGCUCAAGCCAAACCCUUACCGGCCAAAGUCGAGGACAAGCCCAGGGGCAGCAACAUGCGACCACGGGCAGACAGUGACCUGCUCUACAUGAUUGACAAGCGCUCCACAGCCAGAUCUGCAAGUGUCAAAGCAGCAACCCUGGAGCGCUCUGGCAUGGGGCUGAGUAGCUACGUGGUCGACACGUCUGUUAAGUCCAACUUGAAGCCCAACACCCUCCUGGCAUCGUCUAGCUUAAUCAGGAACUUCAGGCCACGCCCCGUCUCUCUGGGGACUGGGAAGGACUUUGCAGACAUCCAACAGGAAGAGAAGACUGAGCAGCCCAAAGACAUCAGGAGGUCUUUCCCUGCCCCUCACGGCCCCAACAAGCUGCCACGCUCCCAGGGCAUCAGUGUGCAGAUCACACCCAAGACUGGGGAGGACCGGAGGGAGGCCUUGAAAAAGCUGGGGCUCUUGAAGGAUUAGCAAUGCCGUCAGUGAUGCAUUCCGGACAGUUGUGGAAAUGGGAAUGCUGUAUCUUAAACUGUAAUGGGCUGACAAGGAAUAGAUGCCACAAUCUUAGGUCUUUUGAAAACGACAAAGGGUUGAGGGUAGAAGUCUGUUUAUUAUUAUUAUUACUACUACUACUACUACUACUACUACUACUACUACUACUACUACUACUACUACUACUACUACUACUACUACUACUAAUAAUAAUAAUAAUAAUAAUAAUAAUAAUAAUACAAUUAACUGGAUGUUUUUGAGGCAAAGCAAUUCCUUUUGCAUCGCUGCAAACAUUUUGAAUAAAAAACUUGUAAGGCAAAACUGGACAAAUAACUAAAUUUGUUAGAAUUAUUUUGUUUCUCUGGCAAACAACCUUUACUGAAAACGGAUUCUAAAACAAAAAAGACUUCAACUUGAAAGCUCUCCUGAUGAUGCAAGGGGAUUCAUAUGCUGUAUAUAUGUUUGUGUGUGUGUAUAUAUACUUUCUAUCAAGUCAAAAAUAAACUGAAAAGUUGCUGCUUAAUGUUUUCUAUUUCAUAAUGAAUGCCAUGUGUAUAUAUUCCUAUGCAUUCUUUUGGAUGAGACGGGAUGAGGAAGGAUAAGUACUUUUUCCUACUGGGAUUAAUAGUACCAUUCACACGACCGAACCAGGAACUCACAAGAGAACACUGUGUUAUGAAAACUCAGUGGAACUAUUUGAAAUACAGACUUCAUAUUUGCAAAGUUGGGUACAAUUGUCUGUUAACUUGACCUCUGACCUAAUGACCUAUUCGGUCAAGUGGCUUUUCCAUUUCAGGAUAAUGGAAAUCACCAUAGUUAAGAUUAUGACUCCCAGAUUGCAACAGAACUCCUAUAUUCUAUAAUUCCAAAGGCUCUAUCUUGGAAUCCUCUCAGCAGUAUGGGCAUUGUUAGGUAUUCCAUGCAAUCUUCUCAUUAUAAAACUGAAAACACUAGAUAAAGAUUAGUAUGGUAAUUGCCAAAGAAGCUCUCUCUAUCGCACAUGCAUGCACACUUACUUUAGUAUUUGAAGUUGUUUGUGUGUGUGUAUGAGUUUAUUUUUAGUACUAAUGUGUACAUUAUUGAAGUGUUUUGAAAUGAUGGAGAUAUGACCCUGCAUGUAUCUGCACUCAUUUAGAUUAUUUUAUCUUUAAUAAUAUUUACACUAACUGUGAAGUCCAGUCUGCAAGGGAGUGGCGCUUUCCUGUGAACAGAAGAAGCAAGUGCAAGUCUGGGGAUAUCAGCAUGUGUAAAAUACAUGUCCAUCUGUGUGUUACAAUAUGCAUGUCGGAAUUGUUUUAAGAGAUCGGCAAUGCCAUAGAACCAUCAAAUCUGGACAGUGUGCAGAGUGUUUUUCGACACACAGUAAUAAUAAUAAUAAUAAUAAUUAUAAUAAUAAUAGGUAAAAUGCCAAUUCAUCAACCAAUAUUAUUUUUUUAUUUUUUUUCAUGCGAUUCUGAAGAAGCUGCCAUUUGAAGUUUCACAUGAAGUUGUCUGUGUUUUUGUCACUUUGUCUGUUCCUUCUAUCAGUGUUUUAAACUUGACCUUGCAAUGGGAUUUUAAAACUACAAAACUGUUUAUAAAUGUGUAUAAUAUGCGUCUAACAUAAUUUAAAUAUUUCCCUGAAUAUAUUGAAGGCUGGUGUUAUUAUAAUGU